GUUGGAACCCGCUGUUUUCGGAUUUUACGUAACCUUAUGUCUGAAGCUGAAGUUUAUGAACAAAGUGACCAAGAUGUACUUAAGGAAGCUCCUGACAGGCUGUCAGCAGCUAAAGAAUGGGGAAGCAAGUUUAAAUACUGUUUAUUUCAUGUCACUUUAGGUUAUAUUUUCUCGAAGGCUGUGAAAUCCAGCGAGGAAGUAGUAAAAAAACUUACAAACCGAAUCGAUUUAACUGAGAUUAAAUCAGCCGUAUCUGAGGUCACUUCUACCGUUAAACAGGUCUCACUUAUACGUGAGUUUCAACAAGCCCAAGCUGAUUUUACGGAGGCACAUCAAUCUAAACAGAGCGAACCAGUUGAUUUCAACACAUCAACUCAAUCUGAUCUUCCACCGUGGCAUCCUGAUGUAUCUGGAUUAAGUGAUCCUAAUGCCAUAUCUGCAUUAAAAGAAAACAUUUUAGCUUUAAGUCAGAACCCAAAUAACUUCCUUAUUCCUCCUCCUGAAGAAGCUCAACUCAAGUGGAUCACACCAAUUCCUCAAGAUUUAUUACAUGAAGCUCAAAUUCUUCUUAAGGAGGAUCCUAAUUUAGGCUCUAUAAGAUAUCGUCUUGUGCCAAGCAAAAUAAGUGAAGAUGUAUUUUGGAGGAAUUAUUUCUAUCGUCUAUCCUUAAUACGACAGUCCGCUCAUCUGUCUGCUGUAAUGGCCAACCAUCAUCAUUCAAAUACUGCUAAUAGCAAUGGUGGUAGUACUGGAAGUGACAACAGUGUUUCUGACACUGAUUUUGUAUGCAUUGAACAAAAUCCUAUUUGGUCUCGAACUAAACCGAAUUCAGAAGUGAAAGAUAAUUCUGAAGUUUCUUUGAACAAAGAUCGAAAAAGCAAUCAUCCUCUUGCUACAGCGAAAAUAUCGUCUAAUGAACAUUCCAAAACAUCAUCAUUAUUAUUGUCAUCAUCGUCAAAGAAUGGUAGACAUAAGAAGGAGGAACCAAGAUGUCUUAAAUCUGCACCUAAUUCCACUUCAGUUAAUUCAAAAGUCAAUGAAAAUAUUUCUUUAUCGUCAAAAUCAUUAGAAGAACAAUUAGAAGAAGAGAUUACACGUGAAGUAGAUGAACUUGUUUUGGCCAAGUCAGAAAAUAAUUCAGAUAAUAAUAAUAAUAAUAAUGAAUAUGAAACAGAUGAUAUUGAUGAAGAAUUAGAAUUGGAGAUAUUAGCUGAAAUGCAAUGUGAUACUGAUGAUCGUGUUAAUAUCAUUACUGAUGUUUCAUAUAAUGAAAAUUUCAAAUAAACAAUAAAUGAAAAGUUUAUUCAAGAUUUUUAUAAUCAAUUAUACAUACAUACAUUAAAAUAUAUUUGGUUCAAUUGAAAAGAUUAUUUGAAUAUUGUGGAUAAUUUAUUGAUUUUUUUUUGGCGCUUUUUUUAAAGUAGAAGAAAAAGACUAUAUACGUUAUUUUAUUCCACUUUUUUUUUUCUUCCUGAUUGUUUACCUAUUAUAAAUCUUUCUAAUAUAUCAUUAACCAAUCAUCUUUUUAGGCGUUUUAUAAUGAAAAUUGACUGCACAAUUCAUCAAACUUAAUUUACAUUAAUACACAUUAUAAUCCGUAUCAAAGUUUUCUUUCUUUUUUUCAAGUUUAUAUUUUCUGUAAAGAUAAUUGAUUCACCAAAUGAAGGGAUCAAAGUAAGUGAUCUUAAUGUCAACUGUAAAUCAGCUUGAAGGUAGUUGAUAGAAAGUGAUCACCUUUACACAUUAUCGUCAUUCAUUCACCAACCCAAUAUGUACUUUUCAACAGUUAGUGAUGAACUCGGUCGUUGUACCUGGACUCGAAUUCUUCACCCAAUGGUUCGAUAUCGAAUGCUUAGAUCAGUGAAAGGAAAAUCUUUGAUAAUGAUAAGAAUGAAACUUGAGAUCCUUGUAUUUGAUCCUAGAGAUGUUUAAAAUCAUUGCCUUGAAAGACACUUGUUGACAAAGCUGAAAAUCAACUACAGUUGCAUAAAUCUCAAUAUCAUCGUUGUCAACAAUUGGAGUAUGUCUUUGAAGUGACUGCAUGGAUAAUGAUAAUAAUAAAUAUGCGAUGGGGAACUUGAACUGAAUGCGAAUAUCAACUAUUCUACCUCAGAAGACAAAGACCAGCCUUUUACUGUAAGAAAGACACACACAUUAUUCAUCUGUUUCACUUAGCCUAGUUUGUAAGAAUGAAAACAAAUGAACAGAUGUGCUAUUU